AUGGAUUUUGCCACUGGCAGGAGGAUACAGCGAGUUAUCUCCAUCCUGGACAGCACAGUAGGAGAAGACAUAACAGGAAUCAAGAGGAAGGCCUUAAAUCAUGAACUUUCUAAACUUUUCAGAGAUGUUCACCGCCUCAUGCCUGGGAGAGACUACACGAUUGAUGUGCAGGGAGAAGCAGGUCCAGCACAGCCAGGGGACAGUGCUGUCGGGGACAAUGCAGCCAGACAUCUGUUCCACAAUGUAAAUGAAGGACUCCUGAAGACCAUAAAAAGUGAGACCUCCUAUAUUUCCUUAUUGGACAACUAUGAGACAUCAACUGGUGUAGCUGAAGUAGUGACUCCAGAAGAAAUAGCUGAAAACAACAGUUUUCUUGAUGCUAUCUUAGCAAUAGAGGUCAUGAGGCGAGCUCAUGAAUAUCUGCUCAAAAAAACCCUAGCAAAGCCAAACCUUACUGAUUUCAAACAUCAGCUCUAUGACAUCUGGUUCCAGCUCUACACCAGGAAAGAAGGAGACAGGUAUCCUGGCAAAGAUGUCCAAGUUUUAGGCAUCCAGUUCAGCUGGAAGGGCUCAGUCAACACUUUUAUUGGUGUGAGCCCGGAGUUUGAAUUUGCCCUUUACACUGUCAUUUUCCUGCUGUCUGAAGAAAAAGUCAUCCGUGAAACAGUGAAAAUAGAUGAGUAUGAGCUACAGAUGGUUGUCUGGCACCAUGGGCACCACAUUGGAACAGCAUAUCCUGUGCUGCUCAGCACCAGUAGUGAAGACUCGUCGUUAGAGCAGUCCACACUCCUUUUUUUCCAGAAGUGUGGUGUGGUGGGGAAGGGAGGAAAGAAUGGGGGUGGACAGAACCAAACAGCAGAAUAA